UUCAGUUGCUGCUUAAAAUGCUGAAAUCGGUAAAAGAUGCAUAUGUGGGCAUAGCCAUUUCAUUCAGCUCCAUAAUUGUUCCCUUUCUCACAUUUUGGAUGGUGACCACGUGGGUUGAGACCAAUAAAUGCUGGGAUAUAAGUGUGUGGAAGCACUUGUACCUGCUGCAGAUCGUCGGUGGAUUGAGCCUUCUCGUAGGUUCAAUAAAGUUGAAUCAUUGGCUCUUCUUGCCCUGGAUUUUUGCUGGCUGUAUUUUUAUCUACACUCUAUUGUACAAGUCAUUCGUCUAUUUUUUCUCUCUGGAAGGCAUAAUUCUGCAAACGGUUCCCCUGCUUUUAACUACGGCAGGUUUCUGGUCAUAUUUUGUGUACGAUGUCUUCCAGGAGUUUCUGCAUUUUUAUGGCAAAUCGAUCAACAAAAUCUCCACAAUUGAUUCGGUUUGAACGGAGAAUCAACGAGCCUUUUUGCCCAGCGGAACGCAAUUGAGCUGAGUGUAAAGGCAAAUAAGUGUGAACAUUGCGGUUGCUGUUUGCUUGUUUGCCGUUUGCUUGGGGUGUGCAUUUGUAGCCAAAAGUAAAAUAAGCGUUAAAAUGUCUGCUAACCCAGUGGAUAUCGUGCUGAGGAGUGGGUUCUGGUUCAGGGUCUCUUUUGGGGCUCUUGUGGUAUCGCUGCAUGCGUAUUGCAUUACCCGACCACCCACUCGCACCCCUUUUUUCACCACCCCCUCGGCACAAAGUGGCGUAUGAAUAGAUACAUGUUUUGUUGCCUGUUUUGUUUGCCAUCCCCCCUUCACUCCGCUCCCCUCCCCUUCCCCUUUCCCUUCCUCUUAUGUCUGUGGACUGGUUGUCGUAAUCCAACAAGCAGACAGGUUAAAUACACCGCAAGGACAGACUCGAACACACAAACGCAGGGGCUGCUGGAAAAAAGUGUGACAAAGACGGUGGGGAAAACUGGCGGGGAAAAGCGGGCGGAAAAUUCUGGGGGCUGCGACUCGAGCCGCGAUUCGGUUGGAAAGCAGACGCAUCCAAACAAACAAUAAUCAUGCAACAAUAGUGAGAGCCGCAAACAAAUUGCUUUUCUAUGUAUAUACGGGCUUGUGGGGAUCUGUCUGCACAGGGGAAAAAUAAGUUACCAUAAAUACGAGUAUGUUACGAAACACAAACUAUAUAGAAUAAGUUUCAAACAAAUGUACAAAUUCUUUGGAGGGAUUAUAUUUAUUAAAGCAUUGGAAACCAGUUUGGAGUAUUUAUGAUUAGAUAUGUUUAAUCUAACAGAUGUUGAUUGAUUAACUUCUCUGCAAUAAAAACCAUUCAGUAUUUAAAA